AAUGUGACAUCAUCUGAUAAUGACGAUAACAAUUUGUUUAGGCUUUUUUACGCACCUGCGCCCUAUGAAAAUAGGUAGGUAGGAAUUGUACAAUUGAAAGUCAUAAAAAGCAAGUACAAAAAAUUCUAGAAUCGAAAUAUUGGGCGUUAUAUUGUCUCUAACUACCCCAGUGGGAUAUAGGGGUGGUGUAUGGUAGCGGUAGCGCAUCGGAAUCUCAGCAUUAUGUUGUGCUACAUAACGAUCAGUUUUCAUUCACCGAUUUCAUUGAAACUAAAGACCAAGAGUUGAAAUGACAACAAGAUUGAUAACAAAACAGGGUGUCCUAGUUGGUGCAAGAAGAAAAACUAAAAAUGACUUUGAAUAUGAUGAUUUUCUCAACAUCCCCUACGCUAAGCCUCCUGUCGGGGAACUACGAUUUAAGAAUCCUCAACCACCAGAACCGUGGCUGGGAGAACGAGAUGCUACAGUUUACAACGAAUCCAAUCUCUGCAUACAGUACGACAUUUUCAAACAAAAAAAUCGUGGCAGUGAGGAUUGUCUCUACGUGAAUGUCUCCACACCGAAGGUGCCUGCAGCUGGACUGUUAGCCUUACUUCCAGUAAUGGUGUUCAUUCAUGGUGGAGGUUUCGUGUUUGGAAAUGGACUUGCGAAAUUCGAAAAUGGGCCAGAUUACCUAAUCGAGCAUAAUGUUGUAAUCGUCACUAUGAACUACAGACUCAGCGCCUAUGGGUUUCUGUCUCUUGAUAUACCUGAAGCCUCCGGAAACAUGGGGCUUAAAGAUCAAGUCAUGGCAUUAAGAUGGGUUCAAGAAAACAUUGAGCAUUUUGGAGGUAACAAGAAUGACGUCACAAUUUUUGGCAUCAGCGCUGGUGCUGCCUCCGUCGAAUUUCUCAUGAUUUCUCCUUUAACGAGAGGUCUAUUCCACAGAGCUAUCUUGCAAUCUGGAUCAGCUCUGAACCCCUGGGCAUUGGACAGUCCGGAUAACAUAAGAAAUCACACUUUAAAACUAGCGCAAGAACUGCACUAUCAAGGACCCUUGAAUGACUACCGGGCUAUACAUAAUUAUUUGAUGAAUGUUCCUGCUGAAUAUAUUAAAUUAGCAGCUAACAAAGCCACUAACCCUUCACAAGUAAAAGGAGUUUAUUUUGGAUUUGGACCAACAAUUGAAAAAGAUUUUGGAAACGGUGAAGCAUUUUUAACAGAAAACCCAUAUGAACUAUUGAAAUCUGGAAAGUUCACUAAAGUACCUGUAAUGAGAGGAUUCACUGAUUCUGAAGGAUUUAUUGAAGCUGGUACUAAGCCACAAGAUGUAAAAGAAGUGACCACGUUUAAGAAUUAUAUGGAUUUUUGGAGGUAUCCUUUAAGUACAAGCGAUGCGACAUACUAUAAUGAAAAAUUACGACAGGCUUACGAUAGUUACACAGGAAACGACAUCGAAAGACCAGCUAUCGACUUCUUUGGAGAAUUUGAUUUCGUUAGUGGUGUAAUUGCGAGUUCGAAGCUAUUAGUGAAGCAUGGUGUGCCACUCUACUUAUACGAGUUCACGUAUGAUGGUAGCCUCAAUUUGCUCAAAGCUUUGAACGGAGUAAAUAAAACUGGAGCUGCACAUGGUGAUGAUACAGCUUACACGAUACAAAUUGAGCCUGUCCCGAUGUUAACACAGGAUGAUGUUAUUGUUAGAAACAGAAUUUCCAAGUUGUGGACUAACUUUGCUAAAACUGCGAAUCCCACUCCGACGACAAGUCCCCUGCUGCCACUGCUCUGGCCGCCAUACAGCAGCAGCGAACAGUUCUACAUGGUGAUAGACAAAGAUAUGUCCAUCAGAGCCAAAUACGCUGACGAAAGAAUGCAAAUAUUUGAAGAGAUCUUAGACAAGUACCAUCGAUAGACGGAUCAAAAUGAGAUUAAAUUCUAAGAGAUUAUCUUCUUAUGUAAUGUACAAUGUAUUUGUAUCCAAGUUUUGCCAAGUUUUUUUAAUAAUCUUUGUGUAGGUAUUGAAAGUUUCCCCAUUUAAUAUCGAGUAUAAGUAUUGUUUUAACAAUGCUAAUCAUUAUUGUAUGUAGGUACCGCAGUAGUUGUCACUCAGUAAGUAAGCCUAUUACUUACAUCUCACAUACACAGCUAAUAUUACUUUUCUGUACACAGUAGUACCUAGUUGCAAGUAAUGAGACAUCAUUACUUGCAACUGUUUGGUAAACGAAUUUUUAACCAAUGGAACUUUAAGGUAGAUGAAACAAUUGUGUGGAAGUUAUCUCAUGAUGUCGAUUUCCUAGUAUUUAGGAAGUAAGUCUAAAUCAUAGUAAUCUUAGUAUUUGUCUUUAAUAAGCAAAUUAUAUGUAUAUAUACAUACAGUCAUUACAUUGACGGAACUAUGGGGCAAUAUCUCACAAAAACCUAGAUGCUUUAUGUGUUUUUAUUAAGAAAUCAAAGUACCUACGGAUUUUACCAAUGUGUAAUCCGUUGACUACCUAUUGUAUGUAUAGAAAAACUACGUCCAUUAUGUGUUACUCUGUGCCGACAUAAGUCAGUUACAUCAUAACAAUGCCAUUACAACUGUGUUCUACUCAUCUUUUUGUUACUUAUGAGUUUCUCAAACUUCUCAUGAGAAUUGGAUUUUAUAUAAGUACUUUUUUUCGUGUACUUAUUGGUUAUGAAAACGUUUUUACGACAUAAAAAAUCAUGUCUGGAAGAAACUAUGUUUAUACCUAAUAGGAUAACGAUUGAAUCUAAAGAUGCAUAAACUUAUUAUACUUUAACUCAACCUUUUAUAUUCUGACAAAAAUAAAUCAAAUUGAUUUAUUUUGUCGUAUUUCAUGUGUAAAAUUAAAGUCUUCAUUACAAC